AUGGUCGACUUUGUAGACAUUAACGGCGCUCGCCUGGCGUACCGCAUCGCCGGUCCCGAGAACGCGCCUCUCAUGAUCACGCUCCAUGGGGGCAGAGGAAUGGGCGACCACCGGUCCGACUUCAGGAUCUACAGCCGGCUCAGCGACAAGAUCCGGGUGCUGUCGUUCGACUACCGCGGCCACGGCCGGAGCUCGCUGACCAAGCCCUACACCUUUGAGCAGAUCGUCGACGACGUCGAGGGCGUGCGGCGGCACUUCGCCGGCGACGACCGGGUCAUCAUCUGCGGCGGCAGCUUCGGCGGGUUCCUGGCCCAGCACUACGCCAUCAAGUACGCCUCGCGCGUCUCGCACCUGAUUCUCCGAGGCACCGCGCCCUCGCACCACCACGAGGCCGGCGCCAUCAAGACGCUGGCGGAGAGGAUCCACAAGGUGCCCAGCUUCUCCGUCGACAUGCUGAAGAACAAGGUCUUUGGGGCGUACGAGAGCGACCGCGAGUUCCAGCUCGUCUACUUUGCCAUGAUGCCGCUGUACAGGGAGACGUUCGACCCCGACGCGGCGCUGAAGAGCAACCUCGACGGGGUGUACGUUGCCGAGUCGCACAACGACCUCUACUCGGAGAAGGAAAAGUACUUUGAUUACACGGACCGGUUGCCGCAGAUCACGGCCAAGACGCUGGUCGUUGUCGGCGACAAGGACUGGAUUUGCCCUCCUGAAAACUCCAGGUUGAUUGCCGAACGGAUUCCUGGGGCCGAGUUGGUGCUGGUCGAAGGCGCCAACCACGGGGUUCAUGCUGAGAAGCCGGACUUGGUUCUCGGCAGGAUUCGGGAGCACUUGGGCAUCUAA